UUCCGUCUCUCUCAUUUUUCGGCACGUCAGUCGACGAACGGAGCCAGUCGUACGCGCCACCCUGCGGAUCACCGCAAGGAUCCGUCAAUAAAACGUCAUCGCUAACGAAGAAUCUGUCACGUCUGUAACUACUUAUAGAAGACUAUUAUUCAUCAAUAGAAGCGCAACACAUAUUACUAAAUAAUAAUAAUAAUAAUUUGACAUCAAUCAAGAUCUUCUAAUCGAAAAAUCGUGUACGUGUACGUGUUUCAAGAGACAUCAUAUAAUGACUGUACAAUUGUCCUCUCCUAUGUCGUGACCACGCUACAUCUGAUACGAGAAAUAAGAAGAAAAAGAAAUUGAAGAUAAGAACCUGGGGAAAACUAAGAAUCUAAGAUAAUUUAUUUGAGCAAGACGGAUCCGUGAUCAAGUGAAGCGGCUGGACCUCCAAAUUGGGAGGUCGAGGACCGCUCGGUGAAGCGUUUGGGCCUUGGUAGAAGGCCUAACAUAUAUAUAAAAUAUGAUAGAUCCAAGUUCAUCGGAGGAGGAAAGCGAAGAGGACCAGAGUACUCACCAUGGAGGUGGCGGCGGUGGUCGUGGAGGUAGCGGAAGCUCCCACGGCUCCCACCACUAUCCUCCUGGUGGUCCUGGUAGUGGUACAGUUUCCGGGAGCGUUGGUUCGCUCGCAUCGGGCAUCACCGCGUCUCCUGGUGGCUCGAACCACGUCGGUCCACCCGGUGGUAUUGGGGUACAACCCCGUACUACCGGGGCUCUUUCGCAAGAUUCUGCCUCCGCUCUCGACGUACCAAGUAUUUCUAGCGCGAGAAAUUCUUUGUCACCUUCUAUGAGUGCAGCUCAAGAUGCUGCAAAUUAUUCUCAAAGACCAACGAGCCCUUCGCCAUCCGUUGCAAGUGAAAAAACUGAAGUGGAUUUGCAGGAUAAACAAGAAAGAGAAGAGGAAGAACGAAAGACAAGGAUACAACUGUACGUUUUUAUCUCACGAUGCAUUGCUUAUCCAUUCAAUGCGAAACAACCGAUGGAUAUGACACGCAGGCAAAUGAAAGUAACGAAGCAGCAACUUGAAACGAUCUGCUCUCGCUUUCAGGGUUUCUUGAAAGGUGAGACGCAGAUAAUGGCCGACGAGGCAUUCCGCAAUGCUAUACAGAAUUACUUCGACGUAUUUCUGAAAUCAGACAGAGUAGUUCGAAUGGUACAAAGCGGUGCUUGUUCCCAAAUCGACUUCCGCGAGGUAUUUAAAAAGAACAUACAAAAGCGUGUUCGAAGCCUCCAGGAAAUCGACGGGUUAAGCAAAGAGACUGUGCUUACGUCCUGGUUGGCCAAAUUUGAUUGUAUUAUCAAGGGGACAGGUGAUGAAGAAACUAAGAGGCCUUCCAGGAUGCAACAGCAGUCUUUAAACUCGGAAUUGAUAUUGUCAAAGGAGCAGUUGUACGACAUGUUUCAGCAAAUCCUUGGAAUCAAGAAGUUUGAACAUCAGCUUCUGUUCAAUUCCCUCCUGUUGGACUCAGCCGACGAACAGGCUGCCGCCAUCAGGAGGGAGCUGGACGGUCGCAUACAAAAAGUCAGCGAAAUGGAGAAGAACCGCAAGCUCAUGCCGAGGUUCCUCCUGAAAGAGAUGGAGUCGCUCUACAUCGAGGAGCUCAAGUCGUCUAUCAACCUGCUAAUGGCUAAUUUGGAGUCGUUACCGGUCUCCAAGGGUUCGAUAGACAGCAAAUACGGGCUGCAGAAGCUGAAGCGCUACAACUAUCGUGGUGAGCGCUCCCGCUGCCGCGGUCAGGGUUCCCUCGCUAAACUGGAGGGCGACUCCGCUGAUUCCGAUCCCCAGCUGUCAAAAAUAGACGUCGGCCUGACUUUCCAAUUGGAAGUAGUUGUUAUGGAGGUCAAAGGCCUAAAGAGUCUAGCAUCCAAUAAAAUAGUUUAUUGCACUAUGCAAGUGGAGGGUAGCGAGAAGUUACAGACUGAUCAGGCUGAAGCGUCCAAACCAAUGUGGGACACUCAAGGUGAUUUCACCACGAUGCAUCCACUCCCAGUAGUCAAAGUUAGACUUUACACCGAAAAUCCGGCAGUAUUGGCUUUGGAGGAUAAGGAAUUGGGAAAAGUUGUACUCAGGCCAACCCCGUUAUCGUCCAAGGUACCAGAGUGGCAUCGAAUGAGGGUACCAAAAAAUAAUCCCGAUCAAGAUCUUCGUAUGAAGAUAGCUUGCCGAAUGGAUAAGCCGUUGAACAUGAAACACUGCGGUUAUCUUUACGCUCAUGGCAAGUCUGUAUGGAAAAAGUGGAAGAAGCGAUAUUUUGUGUUGGUCCAAGUCUCGCAGUACACAUUUGCGAUGUGCUCGUAUAAAGAAAAGAAAAGCGAGCCGUCGGAAAUGAUGCAGCUCGAUGGCUAUACCGUGGACUAUAUCGAAGCUAUUUCCGCUAAUAUCAUGGUCGGCAUGGAUUUAGAAGGCGGAAGGUUCUUUUUCAACGCCUCACGUGAUACUGACAAUAUAAUCUUCGCAUCGGAUGAUGAAAACGAAUGCCAUUUGUGGGUAAUGGCUAUGUACAGAGCGACAGGACAGUCGCACAAGCCAACACCACCUGUAUCCGUGGCAGAGAAGAAUUCAACGAUUAGUAAAAUUCAAGGGGAUGCUGACAGAGCUAAGAAAAACGGAAUGGAAAAUUAUAUUAGUGCGGAUCCAUGUAAAUUCGAUCAUCAUGCACUUUUCAAAUUUCUACAAAAUUUAAUCCUAGACUAUAGACUGAACGACCCUUAUUGCUCUUUGGGUUGGUUCUCUCCUGGUCAAGUUUUUGUGCUCGAUGAAUAUUGUGCUAGAUACGGUGUUCGUGGUUGCUUCCGUCAUCUUUGCUAUCUACAUGAUCUUCUAGAUCGAUUUGAUCGUGGACUUAUGAUAGAUCCGACAUUGUUACACUUUAGCUUUGCAUUUUGUGCUACUCACGUUUAUGGUAACACCACAGAUGGGGUUGGUUCGAUAACUCACGAGGAGAAAGAUAAAUUUCAGGAGGUCAAAGAGAGGCUUAGGAAAAUCCUGGAAAAACAAAUAACCAAUUUCAGAUAUUGCUUUCCAUUUGGACGACCAGAAGGUGCACUUAAAUCAACUUUAUCCCUUUUGGAACGUGUCUUGAUGAAGGACAGUGUAACACCAGUUCCCCAGGAGGAAGUUAAGGGCUUGAUAAAGUCCUGUUUAGAAACGGCAGCUCUCGUGAAUUACACGAAGUUGUCGGCGGAGGCUAAGAUCGAAGACGAUUUCAGUGGUGAGGUUUGCGUACCUCCAAGUAAAAAAUUGGAGGAUUUGAUACACCUUGCCGAAUUGUGCGUCGAUCUCCUCCAACAAAACGAAGAGCAUUAUUCGGAGGUAGCGUUCGCCUGGUUCAGCGAUCUCAUGGUGGAGCACGCCGAGAUCUUCUGGUCGCUAUUUGCGGUCGAUAUGGAUAAGGUCUUGGCUGAGCAACCACCUGACACCUGGGACAGUUUUCCACUGUUCCAGAUUUUGAACGAUUAUCUUAGGACAGACGACAACUUGAAAAACGGAAGAUUUCAUCAACAUUUACGCGACACGUUUGCACCGUUGGUUGUGCGAUAUGUCGAUUUAAUGGAAACAUCAAUCGCCCAGUCCAUACACAAAGGAUUCGAAAAGGAACGUUGGGAGAUCAAAGGAAAUGGAUGUGCAACUUCUGAAGAUCUAUUUUGGAAGCUCGAUGCUUUGCAAUCUUUUAUCGGUGGUUUACAUUGGCCAGAUCAAGAAUUUCGUCAACACCUAGAACAACGAUUGAAAUUAAUGGCCUGUGAUAUGAUAGAAUCGUGCAUUCAGAGGACAGAUACGGCUUUUCAGCAAUGGCUUAAAAAGGGUGUUACGUUUACAUCGACAGAUUAUAUUAUACCAUCGGAAAUAUGUGCUAUGGUGAACGUUAUUUUGGAUGCAAAGAAUCAAAGCUUUAAACUUUGCACUGUUGAAGGUGUCGAUGUGCAUCAAUAUCACUCGAAGAUCGACGAUCUGUUAGAAAAAACUUCAGCUGCUAUGAACUUGGGAAUGAUUAAUAAAUUAAUUACAGUAUUGGAAACAACAUUGUCCAAGUUAUCUCGUUACGAUGAAGGAUCUCUUAUCGGUUCUAUACUUAGCUUUACGAAGGUGUCGGGAAGCGGUAAGGAAAUGGGUGCAGCUUACGUUAAUUUCACACGUAAUUGUGUGGAUCAAAUUCGUAGUAAAGUACUCGAUGAAUUAUGGAUUUUGACAUUUAUCGAGCAAUGGUACACCGCACAAAUUCAAAUGCUGUGCACGUGGCUCUCCGAGAGACUUGAUCAUAGUUUACAUCCUUAUCAAUGUACCUGUCUCGCACACAUUGUUAAAAAGAUCUACUCGGACUUUGAGCUUCAAGGUGUGAUGGAAGAAAAGCUCAACUCGAAGACAUAUCAGACUAUAUCCAAGAGGAUGCAGACGGAAGAAGCAACUUGUGCCUUAACCAUGAGCGCUCAGAACGAAGAAGGAGUUUCCGAGAAUGGUAACGACGAAGAUGUGGAAAGACCAAAAACAAAGGUGACGAUCGUCGAAACAAUGGGAGGAGAAGAUGCGAAUUAUGUAGCCAAUAUUAGCAACGUAACUUCUAACGUUGUUGGCAAAGUCGGCAGUAUGUUCGGCAAGGGUAUCGGUGGUUUAUCUGGCAAAUUUGGUGGUGCCACUAGUUGGUUCUAGUUAUCAUUUUAAAAAUAGUAUUCUGCCAGUAAAACUUUAUAUUUGUCUAGAGGAAUGUUCCUUUGUUUAUAAGUAAAUUAAGGACAGAACAGAUAGACAUAAUAAAAACAGAAAGACAGAUACACAAACACACAUACACAUACAAUACAAUACA